AUGCCGGAGAAAGGACCUGACGAGUGGCUUGAACGGGUCAAGAAAUGCCAAUCGCUUACUGAGAAUGAGAUGAAGCAACUUUGCGAAAUGGUAAAGGAGCUUUUGAUGGAGGAAAGCAAUAUUCAACCGGUGCAAACCCCUGUUACAGUCUGUGGUGACAUACAUGGACAAUUUCACGAUUUACUUGAACUAUUUAGAACAGCAGGCGGAUUUCCUGAUCAUAUCAACUACAUCUUUUUGGGAGAUUACGUGGAUCGAGGCUAUUACAGUCUUGAAACUUUUAGUUUAUUGAUGUGUUUGAAGGUCAAAUAUCCAUCAAGGAUAACACUGGUCAGAGGUAAUCAUGAAUCAAGACAGAUUACUCAGGUUUACGGGUUUUAUGAAGAGUGUUUAAAUAAAUAUGGUUCAACGACUGUGUGGAAGUAUUGUUGCCAGGUGUUCGACUUUUUGACUUUGGCUGCUAUAAUAGAUGGUAAAAUAUUAUGUGUUCAUGGGGGUCUGUCACCAGAGAUCAGAAUGCUUGACCAAAUUCGUGUUCUGUCAAGAGCGCAAGAGGUACCACACGAGGGCGGAUUUUCAGAUUUGCUCUGGAGUGAUCCUGAUAACGUUGAAGCAUGGCAAGUCUCACCAAGAGGUGCCGGGUGGCUUUUUGGUAGCAAAGUAGCUCAUGAAUUCAACCAUGUUAAUGGGUUGAACUUAGUUGCAAGAGCUCAUCAAUUAGUUAUGGAGGGUUUUAAAUACCACUUUCCAGAAAAAGAUGUAGUAACAGUAUGGUCCGCACCGAAUUAUUGUUAUAGGUGUGGUAAUGUUGCCAGUGUUAUGAAAGUUGAAGAAGAUUUAGAACCUUCGUUCAAAAUAUUUUCUGCUGUGCCUGAUGAUUACAUUCAAGAAGCUGCAGCAAGUCAUAAUAACCAAAGAGGUGGUUACUUCUUAUAG